CUCCCCGGAAGCCAUCCUCGACCUCGAAUAUCCACACGCCGCGGAGACUUGCCGAAUCCCCUGGCUCGUUAUCAUUUUCAGAUGGACCGGCACACGGCGAGAGUGGGAUCUGGCUCGUGCGUUCAAUGUUUCCAGCUGGCUUCGGGUUGCCUCUGCUGAGAGGGUCUGCCGUCAAGGUCUGCCGUCAAGGUCUGCCGUCAAGGUCUGCCGUCUACGUCGCACCGAUGGUUAACGCUUCCAAUAUUGCCAGCAUCGACGAGCCGCGUCUCCACCGACCGGCCAUGGCAAAGGCGCAAAGGCGCAAAGCAGGGGACCGGAUAAGAUGGCAAGAUGCCAAGUAUAGACCCUGCGGCUCGAUGGCACUUUUCGCCAUCUCAUCCCCUGGUCGAGAUCCCCUGGUCAAGCAGCGUGGUUCAGCUUUUGGUGACCCGAAAUCCGGUAUCGACUGCUUGGCGCUGAAAUAUCCAUGGACGGCUUGGUUAUCGAUCGUUUCGUUUCCUUAA